ACAACAAAGGUUCAUCUCAAUUACUUAGAAGUCGAUCAUCUAGAGCUGCUACUGCUACAAUUUCUGCUAUUCAUAAGGUCAUCAACAUUGUUAAGUUCUUGCCAUUUGCCUCUGUGAAAAAAUCUCCUUCCAUUUUCCCUAGAAGCAUUUCCAGAAAAUUAUCAAGGAGGAUUAACCACAAGAAAGGUCAAAAACAUGGUAAAAAUAACGUUGACCGAGAUGUCGCGGUUACAGUCAAAGUCAAAGAUAUCCUGCGAUGGAAAUCGUUCAGAGACUUGGCGGAAGAGAAAUCUACACCGUUAGAUUCUUCUUAUUCACCGUAUAGGUGCGCUACAGCAACUACCACCACCACCAGCACCACCACGACAAGCAGCAAGAGGACUAGCUGGUGCGAUAGCGAUUUUACCGCGGAGGAUUUACCGUCAUGGUGGGGUGAAAAUGGUGAAUUUUUGGGUGAAUUAUUAGAAGAUGGGAUGAAAAAAGUUGGUAGAAAGAAUAUAAUCGAGCAAAGUACUGUCGGUGGGUAUUGCAUGGGAACCACAAAAUCAUAUAAUAACAAUAAGGAAGAGUUGUGCUUUGAUGAGAAUGAGCAACAUAGCCCUGUUUCAGUUCUUGAAUCUCCAUUUCAAGAAGAUGAUGAUGAAGAAUUUAUGGACUUCUCUUUCCACAAAAGGAAAAGUAUACUCAUGCAAAGAAUUCAACAAUUUGAGAAUCUUGCUGAAGAAAACUCAAGCCCCAAAAGAGAAGAAGAAAAAAAAGAAGAUGAAGAAAUUCAAGAAAUUGAAGAAAAGGCAAAGCAAUUGUUGAUCAAUUGUGAAGCAAACUAUAUGGAUGAUGAUCAACUUCUCUUUGAUUUCUUUUGGAAUGAAUUGAUUACAAGUGGAAAACAUCAAAACAAUAUUGUUGAUGAAAAGCUAAUGAUGAGAGAGGCAAA